AUGUCUGAAAACCACGGAUUUGUUCAUGAUGAAAUUGUAGUUCAACCGGCUACUCCAACUGGAGGACAGCCUCCGAAUGGAAAUCAAGCAAGCGGCAGAAAGAGAUCAGUCGAUAUUGGUACUUCUACAACUCAAAUUAUCAUAGAAAGUGAACCUCCAGCUACUAAUCGUGAUUGUUGGAGUUCAAUGUGUGACGUGUUCGGAACUCGCCAAUCUGCAUAUAUAACCCAACUUCGUCCAAUCAGUACAUAUCUUUUGAGAUGUCAAGAAGCACUGAAAAUAUUUCAAUUCGAAUUGGAAAGAGAUAUCAAAACAAAGCAGUCGUCAAUGGCAACCUAUCAACACGUUAUGGAUUGUGUCAUUGAAAUUAAUCAUGUUUCCAUGCAUCGGGAUCUGAAUAUUCCACCGGAUGAACACACGAUGCUUCGAUCGGUUGCCUACGAGAUGGCUCUUUUAGCCAGAAUAAUCGAAGAAGUCGCUAAUCAGGCAGGGGAUAAACCACGGAGUAGAACAAAUUCCUUUCAGCGAUUAACUAUUUCUGCCCCGACAGUGCACACGAGUACAGAAGGUGACGAAACCCGAGAUGUCGGAACAGGUGAAAGUGUUCCAGCAGUUGAUGUCGGAUCUCUCAAAGAUAACAUUUCGAAAGUGUUCGAAAUGGUUGAGAACUUGAUGAAAUACAUUGAUAAGAAGACAGAAAGAAGAUGGUGGUUGAGAGAUGUUAUUAAUUUCACUCAAGCUGCUGUCAAGGUUGCACUUUUCAUUAGUGCUGCAAUUUCAGUCGCAUAUCAUGAAAAUCAAAUUGCCCCUAUCAUCACACUGGUCAUCACUAUUAUUCAGGGUAUCACCGAAGGAUUCGAUCAAUAUUUUCUCAAAAACAAAAGUCCAGAUGACAUUCAUAUUUCAGUACUCACGAAUACAAUGAACAAUUUAAAAAGUUAG